GCAUGCAGCCGGUUCUCCCGCCUUCAUUUCCCAUCGUGCUGAGGCGGGUGGCAUGGCGGAGAAGGAUGACACCGGAUUUUGACGAAGAGGUGGUUUUUGAGAAUUCUCCACUUUACCAGUACUUACAGGAUCUGGGACACACAGACUUCGAAGUAUGUUCUUCUCUGUCACCAAAACCAGAAAAAUGCACAGUGACAGAGGGACAACAAAAGCCUCCUGCAAGAGCCCUGCCAAAACGAGGCAUCCUGUUAAAAGUGGCUGAAACCAUCAAAAGCUGGAUUUUGGUUCAGUGCAGUAAGAAUGAUGACUUACUUCACAAGUUGGAUAUUGGAUUCCGACUCGACUCACUACAUACCAUCCUGCAACAGGAAGUCCUGUUACAAGAGGAUGUGGAACUGAUUGAGCUACUUGAUCCCAGUGUCCUGUCUGCAGGGCAACCUCAACAACAGGAAAAUGGACACCUUCCAACACUUUGCUCCCUGGCGACCCCUAAUAUUUGGGAUGUCUCAGUGCUAUUUGCCUUCAUUAGUUUGCUCAUUAUGCUUCCCACUUGGUGGAUUGUAUCUUCCUGGCUGCUAUGGGGAGUGAUUCUAUUUGUUUAUCUGAUCAUAAGAGCUUUGAGAUUAUGGAGGACAGCAAAACUACAAAUAACCCUAAAAAAAUACAAUGUCCAUUUGGAAGAUAUAGCAACAAAUAGCCGAGGUUUUACUAACCUCGUGAGAAAAGCUUUACGUCUCAUUCAAGAAACUGAAGUCAUUUCCAGAGGAUUUACACUUUUGCUUGACAGGGUCAGUGCUGCUUGCCCAUUUAAUAAAGCUGGACAGCAUCCCAGUCAGCAUCUCAUCGGUCUUCGGAAAGCUGUCUACAGAACUGUAAGAGCCAACUUUCAAGCAGCAAGGCUAGCUACCCUAUAUAUGCUGAAAAACUACCCCCUGAACUCUGAGAGUGACAAUGUAACCAACUACAUCUGUGUGGUGCCUUUUAAGGAGCUGGGCCUUGGACUUAGUGAAGAGCAGAUUUCAGAAGAAGAAGCACAUAACCUUACAGAUGGCUUCAGCCUGCCUGCAUUGAAGGUUUUGUUCCAACUCUGGGUGGCACAGAGUUCAGAGUUCUUCAGGCGGUUAGCCCUGUUACUUUCUACGGCUAAUUCACCUCCUGGGCCCUUACUUACUCCAGCACUUUUGCCUCAUCAUAUUCUAUCUGAUGUGACUCAAGGUCUACCUCAUGCUCAUUCUGCCUGUUUGGAAGAGCUUAAGCGCAGCUAUGAGUUCUAUCGGUACUUUGAAACUCAGCACCAGUCAGUAGUACCCCAGCGUUUAUCCAAAACUCAGCAGAAGUCAAGAGAACUGAAUAAUGUUCACACAGCAGUACGCAGCUUGCAGCUCCAUCUGAAAGCAUUACUGAAUGAGGUAAUAAUUUUUGAAGAUGAACUUGAAAAGCUUGUUUGUACUAAAGAAACACAAGAACUAGUGUCAGAAGCUUAUCAAAUCCUAGAAGAGAAAUUAAAGUUGAUUCAGCCUCAUGUUCAAGCGAGCAACAAUUGCUGGGAAGAGGCCAUUUCUCAAGUGGACAAGUUGCUACGAAGAAACACAGAUAAAAAAGGCAAACCUGAAAUGGCGUGUGAAAACCCACACUGUACUGUGGUACCUCUGAUGCAGCCUCCUCUACACAUUGCAGACAAGGAUCCAAUCCCUGAGGAGCAGGAGUUAGAAGCUUAUGUAGAUGAUAUUGAUAUGGACAGUGAUUUCAGAAAGGAUGACUUUUAUUACUUGUCUCAAGAAGACAGAGAGAGACAGGAGCGUGAGCAUGAAGAAUCCAAGAGGGUACUCCAAGAACUAAAAUCUGUGCUGGGAUUUAAAGCAUCAGAGGCAGAAAGGCAGAAGUGGAAGCAGCUUCUAUUUAGUGAUCAUGCUGUGUUGAAAUCCUUGUGUCCUGUAGACCCAGUGGAACCCAUAAGUAAUUCAGAACCAUCAGUGGAUUCAGAUAUGGGGAAAGUUUGUAAAAAUGAUACUGAAGAGGAAAAUAAUAAACCCUCUACAACCGACAAUGAAAUAAGUAAUAGGACUGAGUAUUUAUGUGAAUACCCUCUAGAUGGUAAAAAUAAAGACAAUUCUGCAAAUGAAGUCUUCCUCCAAGGAGCUGAAGAAAGAAUGUAUUACCAAUGUGAGAGCGAAGAUGAGUCCCAGCAGGCUGAUGCAGGUGGCCUGGCCCCUGCCCACCCAACCCACGGGGCCUCAUUGCAGCCCUCCAUCAAGCAGAGGCUGGCACAGCUACAGCUGUCACCGGAUUUUACCUUCACUGCUGGCCUCGCUGCAGAAGUGGCUGCUAGAUCUCUCUCCUUUACUACCAUGCAGGAACAGACUUUUGGUGAUGAGGAAGAAGAACAAAUAAUGCAAGAAAAUGAAAAUGAGGUAGAAGAAAAGUAAGAACCAAGAUUUCCAUUAAGGAUUUUAAAUUGUUCUUUUUUGUGAAAGUGUUUUAACUUCAAGACUAGAUAUUCCACUGGAAAGGGAAAAUGAGUGUAAGUUUACUAUAUUUAAAGCUAAGAUGUGAAUUUACAGGAAGAACCCUGGUUUUGAACAGCUGAUCUGAAAAUAGUAGUUUACCUGUAAAUGGCAGAUCUUUUAGGAAAAUAAGAGAAAGGUAAGGGCUGUUUUGAAUAAACUGCUAUUUUAUUUUCAGCACAACUGAUUGAUCUUGGAAAUUCUUUAAGUAUCUUUAAUAACAAAUGAAUUUAUCAUUUCUUGCCAGAAUUUACUACCAUAAAAUGACUGGGGUAAUUCUGUUGCAAGAAUAUUAACAUUUAGUAUGGCUCCUUUUUACUGUAUUCUUGCAGUUAAUGACUGCAGCUAUCAUGUCAGUAACAAGUUGUUUGUAUUUUAUUUUUGUUUAUACCAGUCUUAAAACAAAGAUACACGUUCUGAAUAAAAAAAAAAUUGAAUUCAUGCAAUUGAUGUGUACUGGGGUUUGGAACUAAAAUGUAGUUUCAGAAUUACUUGGCUUAUAACGUGUCUUAUGUUUCCUUGUUCGUAUGUGUAUUCAGUGGUUAAUUUUAAGAUUUCUAAAUGAUCUUUUAAAAAAACACAUUGUUCCUUUUUAAGAAUUACCCUUUCAGUUUUGUGUGUUUUAUCUUUUUCUGUUCUUGUUGCAACGAAAAGAGGUGAUAUCAAAGUGGGAUCCCUAUAGUCUGAGGCCUCAUCCUCAACUUUGCAAAAAACGUUCCUUUAAUCAGUUUGCCUAGAGAUAAUGGGUGCCAUUAACACAAGCAGGUCACCGUGCUGCUGAUUUCUAUCCUGAAGCUGUACACCUCUCCACCUUAAUAAGAUUCUGGAAACAUCCUGUAGGCUUCCUGGAAAGCAUCCUUGUCUCCUUAAUACUUUAUUUACAAACUACCUCUUAAAAGGUGUUGCUUUCCAAAUCGUCCAAUCUCAUCUGUUUUGUGUUGUGAUUACAUUUUCAAAGAGUGAUAUUUCCAGGAGUAUAUUGUUUUUUAAUACCUAUAGCUCCUAUGCAGUGACAUAGUUUAUAGACAUUAUUUGAGGAAAAUGUAGGAAAAACUCAAUUUAUGCUGCUGUCCUAGAAAGGAAGUUGUGAAUCUAGUAUGCCUUUGGAGUUAAAAAACACUUUUGAAUUCCUGUAACUUAGCACUUCAAGUGAGUAAAUUUUCAUAUACCAAAGGGGAUUUUUUUUCACUAAUCUAAGGAAAUUUAUUUUUUAUCCCGAGGAAAAACUUGGUUAUGUUUUAUAUGAAUAGUAGUGAUCCUUUGUACUAUAAGUGAUUCUGCCUGUUGCUAAAUAUUCUAGGACUUAACCCAUAAUUAAGCUCUUAGGAGCAAUAUCUUAGGGUGGGCCUAGUUUACCACUUAGAUAGUUAGCUAAAUUUCAAGAAAAAAUCUUGUGUUGUAACUGACUAUUAUAUUCUUACAUAACAAUGCUUAAAGUUUAUUUUCAUUUUAAAUUGCUUAGUUUGCCAGACUCCUUUUUUCCUUGAAUUUAGAAGAAUUAUGGAAAAACUUGGUAAUCUUUCUCUUAAUCUGUAACCUUAUAUAAGAAGAAUUAGAGUUUAAUAAUUUUUAAUUCUUUUAUUAUAUAUGAUUUUUAUUAUACCAGCUUGGGGAAAAUAUCCCCAUAGUAUUAUAUCAGUUUUAUUUAAUGCUUUCUAAGGUGAUACUUUUUAAUAUUGAAAGACUAAUUUUAAUCAGAAAUUCCUAACCUUCCAGUCUGAUGUUUUAUUCACUGGUUACUUAGUUCCAUGAAAAUUCUACUUACUGAAACCAUGAAAUAAGGAUCUUGGAAUUUUAAUUGAAUGUUCUUUUUAUGUAGUUUUCAAAAUUUGUCAUCUUUUAGAAUAUUUCCUAGAUAAAAUAUCUUCCCUGUGAAAAUUCCUAAUUUUCUCUUAUAAUAGUCUAAAAGUCGUUGUUUUUCUGUUUUUUUCAUGGGGCCACUUGCAUUAGAAUAAAUCGUAGGUCUUAUUUUUUUAAUACAGAUAAGGGGCCAUACUCCCAAUUAUUCUUAGUUGGUCAUUUUGAAAUGAGACCUAGCUGAUGUUUAUACCCAGUAAAAUCUAAGAACUUCUGUCUAGGACUUUAUUCUUCUUGCCGUGAAUACCUUAGGAAAUAAAACAAAUAAGUCCAUGUAAUAUAACUAGAUAUUCUUGUUACUUUUCAAAUAAUAUUUCACUUUUUCUUAUCAGGCUUGUGACUGGUUUUAAUAGCUGCCACCCUAUGUCCAAAAGAAGCCCUCUGGGGAAAAUACUUUGUGGGGAAAAUUUGUAAUUGUGCUUUCCAAAUUUAACAGUGGUAUUUCGACAGAAUAAUUCUUGUAAGGAGUAAUAUCCUAACAGCUUUUAAUAUGAACGUUUCCAUCAUUUAUUUUAAAACUAGUACUUAAGGUAAGAAUAUAUGAAAAGAGGCAUUUAGAUCACUCCUGAAGACAAGAUUUUUGCCCUUUGCUUACCGUUAGGAAAGUCAUGGCAGUAAAUGAUCUGGUGACAGUUAUCAUAUCUUAAAUCCCCCUCCCCCGCCUUUUUUUCCCCCAGCUUUCAGUAAAAGUCUACAUAUCUGGCCUAUCUAGGGCGAGAUUCUUGCUGGUCUUUGAUUUGCAGUCUGCUGCUUAUUUUCACAAGUUGUCUGUUUUUAUCUGACUUCAUAAGUUAAGACCUCAUUAAAAUUAAUUGUACUUAACAACUUGUGAAUAUAUUUCAUUAGGAACUGAUGCAUUGACUCAAGUUUGAUUUCUGAAGUUGAAGACAAGCAAGUCAGGAGAAACACAUUUAAGGCAAAUUACUAAGGAAAUUUAAGAAUAUGGGUUUAAGGGUUUACUACAGAAGGAUAGAUCUAAGUUUAAGUUCCAGAACCAUCAUUUAAAAGCUUUGAGUGCAGCUGAUGUAAUAAUAUCAUGGGGAGUUUUUCCAGCAAAACCCAAAUUCUCUGAAUUGCUAAAUGAUGUUUGCAACUUCUGACUUCUCAGCAGUAGUUAAAAAGGAAAUAAAACUUUUGAGGCUGGAAAACAAGAUUUGGUUAUAUUAGUAACUACUUAGUAAAUAUGUUAGUAAAAUAGGUUAAAAAAUCUUAAACUCAAUUUUCUUGAAAAAUAAAUAGUAAUAUUCUGAUUCACAUAAUAAAAACAGUAAAGCUUUUAAUGUUAAAGUAUAGAAAGAGGGCUUCCCUGGUGGCGCAGUGGUUGAGAGUCCACCUGCCGAUGCAGGGGACACGGGUUCGUGCCCUGGUCCAAGAAGAUCCCACAUGCCGCAGAGCGGCUAGGCCCAUAAGCCAUGGCCGCUGAGCCAGCAUGUCCGGAGCCUGUGCUCCGCAACGAGAGAGGCCACGACAGUGAGAGGCCCACAUAACGCAAAAAAAAAAAAGUAUAGAAAGAAUCAAAUUCUGAUACGUUUCACAAAAUUAUAAGUCAACGGAGUGUUCAUCAAAAGUAAACCCUAGAGGUCAUUUCACUCUGGUGACUGACUUUUACUUACACAUCAUCAGUAAUAUAAAAUAUUUUGAUAAAUUAUUAGAAAUCAUGUGGGAAGAAAAGUUCAACGGGUUUGGUUUAAUCAUAGUAUAUUGUUUCUGUAUCCAAACAAAACAAGAACUAAAUACCAUAAUGCUGUGGUUUAACUCAUUAUUUGAACUAAAGUGGAUAUGCCGUGAAUGAUAACCAGAGAAAACAGAGGUUGAUUUAUUCUUCCAAUUCUAGUUAUAAGACAUAUCUAUGCAAAUCACACAAAAUUACAAAAUGAAGCUACAAAUAUUUUAGAAGAGAAAAUAUGGGGGGAAAAUAUCCUAAGUACAGUAACAAUUCAUUUGUGUCAUCAUUGACAGGUGACUAACUUGCAUAAGUUAAUUUUUCAGUUAACUGAAGCAAAUCAGUUUAAUCGUCAAUUUUUUUAAAAACAGUUUUAUAAGAAAUAUUCUAAAAUAUACUUUAUACUUGUCCAUGUUUUCUUUGUCAUCUUUAAAAACAUUACUUCCUAUCAUGGGGUGAUAAACAGAAAUUCACUUAGGGGCUACUGAGAUAUAUAAUGCCCCUUUUCUACAUGACCUUGUAUUGCUAUGCUUUUUGAGUUAUGUCUGUUUUUCACGGUUUCUCUAUCUUCCCUUUAAUCAACUGUCACUUUUUGCUGCUGUUUUGUGUGCCUGCCUUCCGCACUAGGCCCUAAUUUGCUGCUUCUAAUCUGCUGUGGACUGAGAAACCAGAUUGCCAAGCUUGCUAGAAUUGUGUCUAAAAUAAGAGUAAGUAGACUGAACAAAGCUUAAGGGGCUUUUCUGUCAGUAAAGUGCAUGGACUUUGUGGUAUCUGUUUGUCUGCUUAGCAUACUUUUGUUUGCCUCUUAGUUCUUUACUAAGAAUUUGCUAAAAAUACCUGUUUGAAUAUAUGAUUGCCAUACAUUUAAAGUAUUAAUUCAGUUUUUAUAUGGUGAUGUUUCUAGGACUUUACAUUAAUGAAUUCAGCUAUAAAAGAAAAUUUGACUAUCAUCUUUAUAUAAAUCAUUGUGUAUAUUUUAGGGAAAUGUUAAAUAUUCUGUUCUUGUUAAAUGUUCUAGUAUAGUAUGCAGAGUUAAAACUUAGAGCACUAUAAAUGGACUUCAACUGUGUUCACCAAGAUUUAUAUUCUAGAACUAAUUGGUUUGAGACUAAACAUGCCUGGCUAAUUUAGUAAGAACUGUCUAACUGAAUAUUUGGGGAAUGAGUCAUUCUAGAUAUCCCAGUUUUCUAUGGAGCUUAAACCUCUUUAAGCAUUUAAAAAUUUUGAAAUAAUUUCUGAAGGAUCUUAGUUCCCGGACCAGGGAUCAAACCUGUACCCCCUGCAGUGGAAGCGCAGAGUCUUAACCACUGGACCGCCAGGGAAGGCCCUGAUGGAAGUGUUUUUAAAACUGACUAUGUAUUGCUGUCUUCUCAAACAAUAUAUGAAAUAAAUUAGAUGUCAAAAUGAUCGUUACUAACAAUAGUUUUACUGUAAUAGACUAAUUAGGCACUGAGAGCUAUAUGCCCCUUUGCUAAAUAACUCCAUUCUGCUGUGCCUUUUUUGUUUUCUUUGUUUUCUAAUAGUUCUGAUUCCUCUAAUUCAUAUUAGUGCUCACUGCAGUGUGCCUGUAGCAAUAGACUUUCUCCACCUUCAUAAUGCUUCUUCUAGUCUGCUUCAGUUUUGGAAACCAGGUGACUAAGACAGCUAGCAGAAUGUAUAAAUACAAAGUAAGAGUAAACUGACUCAGUGAAGACCUGAAAAACUGGAUUAUACUUAAGUGUGUGGAUUUUGUGACAUCUAUUACUGUCUAUUUCAUUGCUGUCUUUAAAAUAAGUGUACUAGAUUAGAUUCCUGUUCUCAAAAUAGGAGAGCUGUUAGUGUACAAAAGGAACCAUUUUGUUUCCAUACUUUACCUUCUAUAUAUUUCUCUCUAAUUUUUCGGCUCCAAUUAAAACCAGUCCACUCAAGUUAGCAUUUUCUAUAGUACUUUCUAUUUGAGUUGGAUGCCACAUGCUGCUAAGAAUUUCUUUGACUGGGUUGUUUUUGUUAUGUUGGUUUUGUUUUUAGAGACCUGUAUCUUCAUUUCCAAAACAUGAAGUAGGUUGAGCCCUGGAAAAUAAGGAAACUUUUCAUUAUUGAUACCAUAGAGAACUGAGAAGUAAUAAGGUUUUUAGACUGUAGACAAUUAUACACAAAGAAUUUAUUCUUUGAUUAUGCAGGUUCUUAAGACAAUAUCUUUAUUUUCAUUCAAUUAAAUGUGUAUUAAAAGCUGGCCAAAUGUUACCGUGUUAGAUCUAAUGAUAUUGACAGAUACUUGAAUGACUAAAUUCCCACUGUCUUUCUAUAUUUUGCAUGUUUAAAUGAUAAUUUAAUGUGUUAAUUAAUCAAGCAUGAUGAUUUUUCUCGUGAAAAAUAAACAUUAAAUUUGCAUGUUAUAAUGAUUGCAAGCAAAAUACAAAUGUCUAGAAAGGGAUAUUUGUCUGGGAUUAGCAUUGAACAACUUGGUUUUACCAACAGGCUGGUUGUGUUUUAGUAACCAUAUAUUGAUUCAUCCUUCCAUCUAAUUACAGGGUAGUUAGAGAAUCAAUCUACUUAUUUUAUGGCCAUGCCUCAAAGUCAGCUUUCAGUUAUUCAUGCUACUAGAAGGGAAUUAUGAUAUAGUAUUCAUCAAAAAAUAGAUGAUCCAAACCAGUUUCUUGAGUUGAGGCUGCUAUUACAAAAUAGCUAUGAGGCCAAACUUGGCUUGGUGGUACAGGAGAAAAAUUCUCUUUGAGUAUAGUUGUGAGAGGAAAAUGAUUCUACUUAGUGUAAUGGCUAUAAACCAAAAAGAAGGAUGAAUUGAUUCCAGAAUUCACACAUAUAAAAGUUUAACGUGAAUAAGGAGUUGAUUUUAUGGAUAUCCUAAAAUGUGUGAUAAAUUAAAAUACAUAUGAUAGUGUUUUUUUUUUUUUUUUUAUGAUAGUGUUUUAAAUGCUGUAAAUUUUAAUAUAUUUUAACCUGUUAGCAAUUAAAUUAGUUUGCCUCAUCCCUAUUUACUGAAUUUCGUUUGGCAUAUAUCAAACAUGUUACUGCAGUAGGACAGUAUUUAAGUUGUGUAUGCUUCAGAAUACACUAUUUUAAAAAGUGAGUAUAUUCUCUGAGAUAUUGUUGUACAAAUAUAUUUUUCCUCUCAUAUUUUAAGAGUUUCUCAAGCUAAGGGAUAAUUUUACUAUUUUGGACUUAACAUUUUUCACUUUGUAGCAUUUCUUAAAGGUUGGCUACCUACAGAUUAUUUUAUCAUUGAACGUAUUUUUAAAAACUAAAACAUGUCUUUUACAAGUUUAUUCUUUUAUAAUAUUUCCUGAGAAAUUACAUAUACCUUUUCCCCUCCCAAGUCAAUCUGCAUUACCUCCAUUUUUAAAUCAAAGUAUUUUCUGCACUUUUAUUUCACCAACCUGUACCUUCUAUUCAUACCAUGACUUAAAUAAUGCUCACUCAGGCACAGUACUAGCAUCUGGCAAUGUACAGAAAGCUCCAGAUAUGUUACUCCCAUCCCUUAAAGACUGGCUUAUGGUUCUGGUACAGCCCUGGAGGUCCAUAUGAGUGAAAAGCCCAGAAGUCUGCCUGAGCUGAAAGCACUCCCAAGGAGUUUGGUUUUGUUUGGGUUUGUUCUAGGUAUGGUCCCAGGGAUCCCAGAUCAAACCAGGCCCCUGGGCCUAUCCUAGAACCAACCUAAACUCGCGCAUCAUUCCUGGAACGUCAAGAGUAUGAAGACGGAAGAUAACCUGAGGCUGACGAGACAUCCUGCGUUCACUUUUUUUUGUAUAUGUGCCUACACGUUAGCAAGAAUUGGUUGGUUAAUCCUUCUAAAAUAAAGGGAUGACAGUGGACAAGAUAAAGUCUUACCAGACUUUGACAUUAUAGUAAUUUAUCACAAUGGGAAUGUGGUAUGUAAUAUGGUUAUUAUUAAUUGCCAGUGAGAAGAAUUGUUCUUAAUUAUCAGAUCUCUAUUUUUAGGUUAAACAACUUAGCCACCAAAACAAAUUCUCCCCCAAAUUAAUGAUUUCUGUUUUUGUUUUUCUCAAAGACUUCCUACUCAACAAUAUUAUUAUCAGUCUCAUUUAACUAAUUUUUCAUCGUUUCUAAAAGGUAUUAGUGUUUGCUUUCUGGCUGCACUGAUAAGUGAUUUAAACUCUUGUUUCUGGAAUCUAAUGCCUUUUUCUUUUAAUCUGUUACUGAAUCUACCACAUUGCCUUCAUCUUGCUUUUUUUUUUUUUUUUUUUUUUUUUUUUGUGGUACGCGGGCCUCUCACUGUUGUGGCCUCUCCCGUUGCGGAGCACAGGCUCCGGACGUGCAGGCUCAGCGGCCAUGGCUCACGGGCCCAGCCACUCCGCGGCAUGUGGGAUCUUCCCAGACCAGGGUACGAACCUGUGUCCCCUGCAUCGGCAGGUGGACUCUCAACCACUGCACCACCAGGGAAGCCCCAGCUUGCUUUUUGAGGUUCAGAUCUGGGAAGAACCUUAGCAUCAUUUGUAGACACACUGUCCCUUGUUAGACUCGUUGUAGGCUACAUUUUAGAAUCUGCUGUGGUUGAUGAAAAUCUAGGAUGAUAGAGUGGAAAUGGUUGAUACUUCACAUUUUACAAAAGUAUUUUGUAAGGUUUUUAGCAGGUUUCCUUUUUUUUCAUUCCCUGCUGCUCUGGAUUUUAAAAAUAUUCUGACCUAGUUGAUUAAUCAAAUAGUCUAACAUCGUAACUGUGGCAUCGCUAUAGUCACAUAACAUGUUUUAUUUAAUUUGGAGGACAAGAUUUCUGAAAAGGCAUUGAAAAGACCCCCAAAUCCAAAGGUUAUUUAUUAUACACAAUGAAAAUGUAUACUUUUGGUAAUACUGUCAUUUCAGUAGGUUUAGACCAUGUUAGAAAUAAUUGCAGACUAAUCAGGGACUCUACACAUGACAGGAGCUGAAACUGUGCUGUUCCUCCAAGCCUUGUCACACCAGAAAAAUUGGGUCAAUGAGGAAUCCUUUAAAAUAGGACUGUGGGCCUGUUGAAGCUCAUUCUGAAGAACUCAACCCUGGGAUUAGUUCUGUACUACAUGUAUUAUGUAGAUGCUUCAUCCCACAGAUUCUGUUAUUUUUGCCUUUUAAAUCUUAUUAUGUUUAAGCUUCUCAGUGUUUUUCUUUUUGCACAAUGUUUUCCUGUUUGCAUAAAUCGAAACACUGUACAUGUUACUAUAUAUAUAUAUACAUAUAUUUUAAUAAAACAGUAGACUUUGGAUCUAAUGAUUUUGGAUUUUGAUUCUUUUUAAAGCUAAAUGAUUUAAAUGCUUUUUAUUAUCUUGUAAAUUCACUCUUAAUUUAUGCCUCAAGUCUUCUCAUUCAUUUUUUCUCCAAUGAACUAUAUAGAAUUAAAUAAGUGAGCCUUAUAUUCAGCUUCUGCCAGAAUUUAUGACAUUUUGUAUUUACCCAAACAUGAAAAAGUUCUGUCAUCGGCAUUCUUGUAUGAGUGCACUAAUCUGUGAGCAUAGUUAACUGUAUUUCUUGACAGAGGCCACCUUAGGUUUAUGUAGAAUAAGUAUUCUCAGUUAGGGGAGGGCCUUUGUACUCGCUUUUAACAUUGUUACAUAUGAACACUGAAAACAGGAAUUUGUGUACUGUCCAACAGAGUUUAGGCAUAUUUAGAUAGUAAGUUUCUAAAGUCUGCCUUCACUUUAGAUAGUUUUGGAGUGUUAAGCUGUAUUUUUUAAAUAUAAUUUAAAAAUAUUCUUUCAGAUAUGUUUUAAUUGUUACCUUUUGACUACUUACAUAGUAAAACUGUACAUUUCCAACCUUAAUUGAAGACUUGAGAGUAUAACUUUUUUUAACACAGUAAUUUCUUUAAUAACUUUAUGUAUUUAAUUAUAUUGAAUUCUUGUCAACUGUUUUAAAAGAUUUUACCAAAACCCAACAGUAGGUUUGUACAUAUCUGUAUUAUUAUUGUUCCUUCUAAGCUUAAGAAGUCUCCAAUAAAAUCUGUACUUCUUUAUAUUUUGUACCUUUUUUACUCUGGUGUUUGCAGCAUGAAUUAGCCAAAAGAUAA